AUAAAGAUCUUGACAAGCUUUUAUCACUCUUAAAAAGUCCAGAGAAGCAAACUGGGUGGACAGAAAUUUGUAGAAAACAGUUCUGCAAACUCAUGAAAGCCAGACCGGGUAUCAUCCGUGGAACAAUUUUGGCAGAAUUAAUUGAAAAGUUUGUGUCACACCUGUCUGAAAGCCAAUUGGAGUGUUAUUUCAGCAUGGGAAACUAUAAAGAUAUGGAUACAGAUGUGAAGAAUGAAAGCCUUUCAUCUGUGCAGCGGCUUGGUGUUGAAAUGACAGUCAGAUAUGGAAAAUAUCUAAACUUGCUAAAGGAACAUGCUGAAAACGGAUUGUGCUUCGUCUUAAUGAAUUGUGAGAAAUUUCUGAAACAGGAACAAAGAACUGUGGUAUCCCCACUUUGCUGCUUGCAGGAGCGCUGUGCCGGCUACGACUGGUUUGCGUCUUCUGUCUUCCUCAUAAUGUCGGGAGAUGCGGAGAAGACACUGACAUUUCUUCAGCGGUUUUCACGUCUUCUUGUUUCCGCAUUUCUCUGGCUGCCACGACUGCAUGUAUCGAUGCACCUGCCUAUUACCACAGUGGAAUCUGGCAUCCAUCCAGUCUAUUUUUGCUGUGCUCACCACAUUGAAAUGUUGCUGGAAGCUGAGCUGCCACUUGUCUUUUCAGCCUUCCACAUGUCUGGUUUCACUCCAUCCCAGAUUUGUCUGCAAUGGAUAACUCAGUGUUUCUGGAAUUACAUGGACUGGAGCGAGAUUUGUCACUACAUUGCUAUAUGUAUUUUCCUGGGUCCCGAUUAUCAAAUAUAUAUAUGUAUUUCUGUGUUCAGACACCUACAGCAAGACAUUCUGAAGCACACUGAAGCCCAAGAUCUCCAGGUCUUUCUUAAAGAAGAAGCACUCCAUGGGUUUCGAGUGAGUGAUUAUUUAGAAUAUAUGGAAAGCUUGGAAGCCAUCUACAGACCGAUGCUGCUGAAAGACAUGAGGAACAUAAGAGCACAGAACACAUAG